AUGUGCAUCGCGGCGUGGACAUGGCAGGAUCACCAGGCGUACGGCCUGCUCCUCCUCUUCAACCGCGACGAGUACCACUCCAGGCCGACGCGGCCAGCGCAGUGGUGGGCCGCCGCGGGGGAGGGCGAGGAGAUCCUCGGGGGCAAGGACGAGCUAGGCGGGGGCACGUGGCUGGGGUGCCCGAAGGGAGGGAAGUUGGCCUUCCUGACCAACGUCCGGGAGCCCAGCCCCCGGGUUGGGGCGAGGUCCAGAGGGGAGCUUCCCGUCAGGUUUCUCCAGGGCAGGCAGGGUCCAUUGGAGUAUGCAACUGAAAUUGCAAAGGAAGCAGAUCAGUACAAUGGUUUUAAUCUUGUAUUGGCCGAUGUGCGUUCAGGAACCAUGGUGUACAUCUCUAAUAAGCCAGGUGACCCUCCUGUGGUUCAAACAGUUUCUCCUGGGUGUCAUGUGCUUUCUAAUGCUGCUAUUGACUCCCCUUGGCCAAAGGUGUUGCGCUUGGGACAGAACUUCAACAGAUUUCUUGCAGCACAUGAUGACGCAGAAGUCUCUUUGAAGCAGAUGGUUGAAGAACUGAUGACAGAUACGGCCAAGACUGACAGAUCUGCGGUGCCUGACACUGGCGUGGAUCCUGACUGGGAAUACCAGUUGAGCUCUAUAUUCAUCGACACGAAAAAGGGACAGGCAAGAUACGGGACACGAAGCAUGGCGGCCAUUGGGGUGAAACUGGAUGGUGAGGUAACUUUCUACGAGAGGUCCCUGGCCAGCAGCUUGUGGAAUGAGAAUGUAGUACAGUUUGAAAUGGAGAUGGCACAAUAG